AUCAUGUCCCGCUCGGAGGAGGUGAACCGGCUGACCGAAAAUGUCUAUCGGGUGAUUCUGGACCAGUUCAAUCCAAGUUUAAGGAAUUUUGUUACCAUGGGGAAAAGUUAUCAAAAAGCCCUCUCAGGAGUUACGGUUGCUGCCAAAGGCUACUUUGAUACCUUGGUGAAACUUGGUGAGUUGGCCAGUGACAGCCAAGGAUCCAAAGAGUUGGGUGAUACCUUGUUCCAGAUGGCUGAAGUCCACAGGCAGAUGCAAGUACAGUUGGAGGAGACGCUGAAGUUUUUCCACUCUGAUAUGCUAUCCCAGCUGGAACACAAACUGGAACUGGAUAUCAAAUAUCUGGUGGCGACCCUGAAGAAAUACCAAGCAGAAUAUCGUGCCAAAGCUGAAUCAAUUGAAAAGUCUCAGACUGAGCUGAAGAAACUGCGCAAGAAAUGUCAGCAUAGCAAAAACCCAAUGAAGUAUGGGGAUCGUGAAGUGCAGUAUGUGGAAAUCCUGAGCACCAAGCAGAGCGAGCUGGAUCGGUUUGUGGCGGAAGGCUACAAAGCAGCCCUGACAGAGGAACGGCGCCGUUAUUCAUUCCUGGUGGAUCGCCAGUGUGCUGUUUCCAAGUACUUCAACAAUUAUCACAGCAAGGUGCAGGAGCUUUUGUCAGCCAAACUGCCCAUUUGGCAAACAUCGUGCAUCCAACCUACUCGUUUACCUGAGCGGGCAUUGGCCCUGGUCAAGCUCACCGCCAACAACACCACAGCUGGCAUUUCUGCCCCAGGCAUGGAUCCUCUCCUUGUCUCCAAGACCUUGGAAGAGCCUUUAGAAUUGGGACAAAAUCGCAGGACUUCGAUCCAGGAAGGAACAGUACUGCUAAAUGGGGAUUUGCACCGUGGGCGGGGAUCCCGUGACUUCAAUCACCUGUCAAUCAGCGUGCCCCUCACUGCUACCACUUCAGGUCUGAUCCCCACCCAGACCUCUUCACAAAUCAAGGUUGCUGACAGCUAUUCUUGCACUCUGCCAAUACCACACAAAAUGUCAAAGGAAACUCGCCUGGCCACAGUAGCAGAGAACAAGACUCUGCCCCGCAUUAAUCCUCUUUCAAUCCUGACUCCACGUUCCGAUCGUCCAAGAGUCCAGGCAAUCUUCUCCCAUUCGGCAGGAGGGAACAGCACCCUUCUCAACUUCCAAGAGGGAGAUAUCAUCCUUUUAUUGGUUUCUGAGGCGAAGGAUGGAUGGCAUUAUGGGGAAAAUGAGACAACCGGAAUGAAAGGUUGGUUUCCGUUUUCCUACACUCGACCCUUUCCUUCAGCUGAAGGAGCUAACAAACCAUUCAACAACAAGAUGAACAGUAGCAGCACAGGAAAUUUGGAUCGAGCUGAAUCUCCUCCUGCUGGACCUGAUGGGGAAGAUGAUUUAAAGUUUGGCCCUUCAGUCCGUAUCUGUGCAUCUCGACGACCUUACAGCAUGUUAAAUCCUGAUCUGUCACAGUUGACAAAUGAGUUUGGAAGUCCAACUGCCUCUCCUUCAAGGAUCAAUCCCUUUGCUCAUGUUAAGCUGAAACGUACGGUGACCAAUGACCGUUCGGCCCCACUCAUCCAGUGAAACGUGCAAUGUUAAGUGGAGAUAGACCACUGCCCUGCUUUCCCCUCUUUCCCUCACUGUGUGGCCUUUCCCAAUUAAUACGCCGCUUCUGGCUCACAGUAGGUUUCGGGUCCAGGGGUAUCUCCCUCCCUAAUGGCACAGGAAAGUUCACAAACUCGAUGCACAGCAAAAAGGCUAUGGAGUUUCAUUGGUGGUGGCAGUUCCAGGAUGGGAAGGCAAGCUAACGGCAGCAUGAGAAGAGACAGAGUUUGGAUGCAAGUGAUUGAGGCAGAGGUUUAACAGUUGGAUAAAAAAGCAGGAGAAAGGUGAAGGAUGUGGGCACAGAUGGAAAGAGGUCAGAUGAAAGGAAAAGGAGAUCAGAAGAGAGUUAUGGAUGGCAUGUUACAGAACAUUCAAAUGAAGAGAAAUUCAGCAAAUGUAGGUCUCUCAAUAUGAUUCAUGUUUCUUACAGCUCAAAGUUUCCACUCAUCAGAAUCUUGUUUGUGU